GGAAAAUAUGUUUGUGAGCAUUCAUACGUGUAUGUAAACAGGUGCUAAACCAGCUGGUAAAGACAUGAUUGGAACACUUGAAGAAAACAAGAAUAACUGGUCUAUAGUGGACAGUGAAUUUAGCCAGCUGUCUGUGUUGAUAUGGAUGGCUCCAUGAGAGCAGUAUCACUCCUGGAACUACAAAGGACUACCAGAAACCUGUAUAUACUGAGAGCAGAAUGAUGGAUGAUGAGGUCGCAGUGUCAGAGGCUCCAGCAGAGGCUGAUGAGGAAGCCCUGCCCUCUAGAGACAGUCGCAAAUUGGACUGCAUUAUCUGUUAUAGCGCCUACAACCUUGCAGAGAGGCUCCCACGAAAGCUCUACUGUGGCCAUACGUUCUGUCAGGCCUGCCUGCGGCGACUGGAUACGGCCAUUAAUGAACAGUUGUGGAUUCCUUGUCCACAGUGCCGGCAGAAUACCCCUCUGCCUCGUGGGGGUGCCAUUGGCCUGGACCUGGAUCUGGUUGCUUUCUUGGGCGUCAAAGCCGAGGCAGAGAACCAACGAAGCAGCCCUCAGAAAACUCAACUAGAGACCAAGUCUUCGUUUGUUAAACAGCCAAUCACAGAUCAGCCUCCUUCUGCCUGGGCCAAUGUUGCUUUGGCAGAGCCCCGUUUCCAUAGGAGUCCUUGCUGUAUGCGGUGUGUGCUCUGCUGCUGGUGGUGGUGUUAGAUCCGAUAAUACAUAUACACUAUACUUACAAAAGUAUUCGCUCGUCAGCCUUCACACAUAUAUGAAAUUGAGUGAUAUCCCAUUCUUAAUCCAUAAGGUUUAAUAUGAUGUCGGCCCACCACUUGCAGCUAUAAUAGCUUCAACUCUUCUGGGAAGGCUCUUCACAAGUUUUAGGAAUGUGUUUAUGGAAAUUUUAGCCGUUCUUCCUGAAGACUUGUGAGGUCAGGCACUAAGGCACGUUUACACAGCAGGCAAAAGUGGC